CCAGCGCCAGCACCAACAUUGAAGCUUCUGCAAAGUUUCUGGAAACUCAAUCAUUCCUCUGUGCCCAAUACUAUACACUUAAUAUUCCCAUUCUCUCUAGCAUCACAUUUCAAGAAAGAUGUAUUCCAAGUUCUGGCCCCGGGGAGGUCUCCCGGGCAUUCUGCACCACUACACCGAAACCCUCGUCGCCUUCGAACACACCAGCCACGUCCGCCAACCCAACAGCAUCCUUUUCGUGGGUGGUCUCGGCGAUGGGCUGGCCACGACCUCCUACGUCGCUGACCUAGUGAAACUCCUCCCACAAGACUACUCGCUCUUCACACUCAACCUCACUUCCUCCUACAACUCGUGGGGGCUGGGCCACCUGGACCGCGACACAAACGAGAUCACGCAAUGCCUGAACUACAUCAAGGCAUACAAGACGGAGAAGUACGGGCCGAACAACAAGAUCGUGCUGAUGGGCCACUCGACAGGCAGCCAGUGCGUGCUGCACUACCUGUACCGGCCGAACCCAUUUACGGCCACACACGCCUUCGACUCGGACCUGGAGCACCUGGAGCGCAUGCCGCUGGACGGGGCGAUCAUGCAGGCGCCCGUCUCCGACCGCGAGGCAAUCCAAUGGGUGCUGCACUGGGGGUUCGGCGGCAAGACGCCGGAGCAGGUGCGGGCCGUGUACGAGAAGGCGGAGGCGAUGGCGCGCGAGGCCGUGCGCGACAAGGACCCCAAGUUCGACACCAUCCUGCCGCUGGAGGUCACCGCCAACAUCUGCUACGGCGCCAACGUGCCCAUCAGCGCCCGCCGGUUUCUGAGCCUCGUCAGCCCCGACAGCCCCGGCUCGCCGCAGGAGGACGACCUGUUCAGCUCCGAUCUGUCGGACGAGCACCUGAAGACGACCUUCGGCAUGAUCAAGGACCGCGGCCUGCUGAAGAGUAAGCUGAUGGUGCUGUUCUCCGGCGCCGACCAGGCCGUGCCGGACUGGAUCGAUAAGGAGAAGCUGUUGAAGCGCUGGGCCAACGCUACCGAUCACAAUGGCCAGGUCCAGCUCUGGGAUUACACCUUCAGUGGCAUCAUCCCUAAUGCCUCGCACGCCCUGAGUAAUGACGAUCAGGGCCCGCCCAGGCAGUGGCUGGCCGAGAGGGUGCGGGGCUAUCUGGAACAGUUGGAGAAGCAGUCGUGAUGUAAUUUAGCGUGCAAUUUCAGAAAUAUUCC